AUGGCAAGGAAAUUAGACAUCAAAGUUCCCUAUGAUUCUCCUGUCCUGCAAGAGAUUUAUGCCAGUAGAAAUUUAAAGCUGACAAGGAUACCCAAGGACAUCAUGCACAAUGUGCCCACAACGCUACUCCAUAGCUUGGAAGGAAUGCCAGACCUGGACUGGAAAAGACUUCUAAAAUUGCAGUGCCGAGAUGGGUCAUUCUUGUUCUCCCCAUCCUCCACUGCCUUCGCACUCAGUCAAACUAAAGAUAAGAACUGCUUGGAAUAUUUAAAUAAGACGGUCCAAAGAUUCAAAGGGGGAGUUAACCAUUUCUCAGUCCCCAAUGUCUAUCCGGUUGACUUAUUUGAGAAAAUCUGGGCUGUGGAUCGCUUGCAGCGUCUGGGAAUCUCAAGAUAUUUCGUGCCAGAGAUCAAUGAAUGUCUGGAUUAUAUUCAUAGAUAUUGGACUGAAGAUGGCAUUUGCUGGGCGAGAAAUUCUAAGGUCCAUGAUAUUGAUGACACAUCCAUGGGAUUCAGGUUACUUAGAUUGAAUGGACACCAGGUUUCAGCCGAUGUGUUCAAGCGUUUUGAGAAAGGCGGUGAAUUUUUCUGCUUUGCGGGGCAGUCAACAGCGGCUGUUACAGGAAUGCUCAACCUGUAUAGGGCUUCUCAGGUUCUGUUUCCAGGAGAGAAGAUCCUUGAGGAUGCCAAGGAAUAUUCUUCUCAAUUCCUAAGGGAAAAGCAAGCUGCUAACGAACUUCUAGAUAAAUGGAUUAUAACGAAGGACUUACCUGGAGAGGUGGGUUUUGCAUUGGAGAUUCCAUGGUAUGCGAUCUUGCCUCGAGUGGAGUCGAGAUUCUACCUAGAACAGUAUGGUGGAGAAGAUGACGUGUGGAUUGGGAAGACCCUUUACAGGUGGUAUGAAGAAUGUGACCUAAGAGAUUUUGGGAUAAGCAGAAGAACCCUUCUCUUUUCUUACUUUCUGGCAGCAUCCAGUAUCUUUGAGCCGGAAAGGUCUAAAGAGCGACUUGCAUGGGCUUCCACUACAAUCUUGCUAGAGAUCAUUGGCUCUUAUUUCGACGACAAUGAUGGCAAUUCUAGUGAGCAGAGGAGAGCUUUCAUCCAUGAAUUCCGUAACGGUAUUAGCAUAAAUGCAAGGAGGUCGGGAGCAAAGAGGACAAGGCAGGAACUCCUUAAGAUGCUGCUUGAAACCCUAAAUCAGCUCUCUUUUGGCGCAUUGAUUGUUCAUGGUCGAGACAUUAGCCACAGUUUACGUCAUGCUUGGGAUAAGUGGCUCGUGAGGUGGGAAUUGGAAGGAGAUAGACGCCAAGGGGAAGCAGAACUACUGGUGCAAACAAUAAAUCUCACCGCUGGCUAUUUGGUCUCUGACGAGGAGCUCGUGGCCCAUCAUUCUCAAUAUGAACAACUCGCCGACCUGACAAACAGUAUUGGCUCUCAACUUUGUCAUUGCAAGAAGAACAAGGUACAUGACAAUGGAAGCUACAGUGCUGUUACCAGUAGUACUGACAGAAUCACAACUCCAGAAAUAGAAUCUGACAUGCAAGAACUGGUGCAGUUAGUAGUCCAAAAUUCCUCGGAUGGAAUAGAUUCUAAUAUCAAACAAACAUUUCUUCAAGUAGCGAAGAGUUUUUACUAUUCUGCAAUCUGUGAUCCUGGGACGAUCAACUACCACAUAGCUAAAGUACUCUUUGAAAGAGUGGCCUAA